GGAAGGAAGACGGGAGGGGAGGAGGGGGAGCUAUUCUGCAGGCUAAUGCAAUGCACUGCUCUGCUGAUCGGCUACUGUGAGCUGGAAGAAACUCGCGUGGGUGUAGCUGUCAUGUAAACACUGAGGAAAAUGAGAAUGUACCAGGCACAGCGCCAGCUUUAGCCCAUCUCCUGGCAUACAGGACGUCACACAUAAGACAAAGACCCUCCCCCUCUAGGCAUUAUUGAGGAGAACCAUCCCAAACAGCAGCCAGGGACAAGGAUUAAGAGAGAAAGCAUUAGUGGACAUGUGGCAGUAAUAAGGGAACCUUCAUAACACAAGAACACACUGAAAUUGCUCUCACUUCUAUCAUGGACAACAAAGAGGAAAAGAAGGAGAGAAGGCAGGGAUAUUUUGCAAGGCUAAAGAAGAAGCGACAGGCUAAGCAGAAUGCAGAUCUUGCCACUACCAAUUCAAAUGUCAGUUCAGAAUCCACACAAAUUGAUGACACUCUAAAAGGGAUUUUGGGACAAGUUCCAGAAAAGGUUCCUGAGGAUGAAAAGAAAAAGAAGAGAAAAGAAGGCAAGCAGCCCAGGCGCAGUGAAAUUAAAAAACAUAUCUCUGGGGAAAAUCAAAAUAAUAAAAAUGUCAAGAGGGAGAAAAAAAUGGUUACAAGGAGACCUUUGGGGACUAUUGAGUACACAGCAACCAGCACAGACACUUUAAACAGCAUAGCAUUAAAGUUCAAUCUAACCCCGAAUAGAGUGGUGGAACUGAACAAGCUCUUCACGCAUACUAUUGUGCCCGGACAGGUUUUAUAUGUGCCAGAUAGUAGUGUUGCUUCCAAUGCACGAGAUCCAAAUGCAAAUGCUGGAAUACUCGCUUCACCUCUUUCAUCAGAUGCAGAAUAUGAUAAGCUUCCUGAUGCUGAUUUGGCUCGGAAAGCCUCCAAACCAAUUGAAAGAGUUUUAUCAUCUACAUCUGAAGAAGAGGAACCUGCUGAUGUCAAGUUUAUAAAAAUGAAUUGUAGAUACAUUACUGAUGGCAAGGGUGUUGUGGGUGGAGUUAUGAUUGUCACUCCCAAUAACGUAAUGUUUGAUCCACACAAAUCGGAUCCCUUGGUUAUUGAGAACGGCUGUGAGGAGUAUGGCCUGAUAUGCCCCAUGGAAGAAGUGGUAUCUGUUGCUCUUUACAGCGAUAUCUCACACAUGAAAAUUAAAGAUGCAUUACCAUCCGACAUACCCAAGGAUCUUUGUCCUCUGUACAGGCCUGGAGAGUGGGAAGAUCUGUCAUCAGAAAAGGAUAUCAAUCCAUUCAGCAAAUUUAAGUCUCUCAGCAAAGAAAAGAGGCAGCAGAAUGGAGUCUCUGAACUACGCAUAGCAGAGAACAAGUUUAUUGGUACAUUAAGCAAAGAUCUUGAAGUAAUGAAAAUAACAACCGAGAAAAAGGGAUCUGAUGGUCAAUCCACUGUGCAAUUAACAGCUGAUGAGAGGCUUGCAAAACAGACUGAUCAGUCAACUGAAAAUACAGCUAGCUCUAGAACCAACAAAGAUGAUAUUUCACCUGUUGAAGAUGAUUUCAUUGAGUUGGUAGAGACGACAGCAGAGCUGAAUUGUAAAAAAACCUGUAAAGAAUCAGAAAACCACACAGUUGUUGGGGAAGCUAUAGAACACAGAAGGUUCCAGAAUGACAUUCCAAGUAAUAAUUCUGAAAGUAAUAGGACUGUUGAUGGAAAUUGCCUAGUAGAGCAAAUUUCUGAGUCUGUAAAAAGAAUAUGCUUAGGCUCUAACAAUACUGAAAUGGUCUCUGAUUAUACUGUACAAAAAGACAAAAAUAUUGAACUUUGCCUCAGUCCUAGUGAAAAGAACAAAUCAGAUAUUGGAGGAUUUCUAAAAUCAGAUUUGGAUAACAGUGGAGAUGUGGGCAAAGUAAUAACCUGCGUCAACUUGGAACCUGAAAAAAUAAUUACAGAAGCAACCACUGAAAUAGAGAAAGUUGAGAAUAGACUUUCUAAGCCUGAGGAGAAGGCUUCUGAUGAGUCUGUAGAUUCUCUUUCACCAAGUUCCCCUGAAGUUCCUAGUCAAAAGGAAACACUAAUUGACAGUGAAUCAGAACUUAACCAAUGGUUAUUAAAGAGAAUGCAAAGGCCGAUAGAAGACUUGUUUCCAUCAAAAGAGGAGAAGAGCAAGAUCCCACCCAUGUUUCUCUGUAUUAGGGUUGGCAAGCCUAUGCGGAAGUCAUUUGCCAGCCAAAGUACUGCAGUUGUGCAACAAUACAUUCGAAGAAGAAAACAGCCAGAAUACUGGUUUGCUGUUCCGCAAGAAAGGGUUGAUCAUCUGUACAACUUUUUUGUCCAGUGGUCACCAGAGGUCUAUGGUAAAGAUGCAAAAGAGCAAGGCUUUGUGGUGGUGGAGAAGGAUGAGUUAACUAUGAUUGACAACUUUUUCAGUGAACCUUCUACAAAAAGUUGGGAGAUCAUAAACGUAGAAGAGGCAAAGCGCCGCAAGAGUACCUGCAGUUACUAUGACGACGAUGAGGAAGAAGAAGAAACACUAGAAGAUUUUCUACCGGAUUUAAAACAGAAAAGCAUGCUGCUGGAUGACAUGCAGGUUGAGAAGCUGGCACAUCGUCUUCCUGCAAGAGUACAAGGCUACCCUUGGCAUCUGGUCUACAGUACACAGGAGCAUGGGACCAGUCUGAAGACAUUGUACAGAAAUUUGGCUCCUGUGGACAGCCCUGUGCUGCUUGUGGUGAAAGACAUGGACAAUCAGGUGUUUGGUGCUUAUGCAACUCACCCUUUCAGACUUAGCGAUCAUUACUAUGGAACUGGGGAAACAUUCCUAUUCACUUUUUGUCCUGAUUUUAAGGUAUACAAGUGGAGUGGAGAAAAUUCCUAUUUUAUAAAUGGAGACAUAAGCUCUUUGGAGAUAGGAGGAGGAGGAGGGCGUUUUGGCUUGUGGCUCGAUUCGGAUUUGUAUCAUGGACGCAGUAACGCUUGCUGCACCUUUAAUAACAACACCUUGGCCAAGAAAGAAGAUUUCAUUGUGCAAGAUGUAGAAGUUUGGGCUUUUGAAUAAAAUUGGACAUAGACACUGGUGUCCUGCAACAGGACAUUCCAAUAUAAGUAACAAAACCACAUGUCUGCCUUUCUUCAACUUAAUCCACCAUAGAUUCAAUUUAGUUCCAUGAAUGCACCACGGCAAGAGUACAGUUAAAUGUCUACCACACUGCAAAGACUAAGAUUGAACAAAUAUAAUUAUGUCGAUGAAAACUCAAGCACUUGGUAAGGGUGCAAAAAGGUCCAAAAGUGAUAACAUUUCUCAACUAGGAUGCUAAAUAUGACUGCUUUUAGCAUCUUGAAAAUAUGUGAUUCAAAAUAAUGUGUUAAUACAUUGUUUCUUGUUGUAGUAAGGGAAAGUGAAGAUGCCUUCAAUACUUGAAGAGAAUUGCAUUUUUUAAUGUUUAUGUUUUUUAGUUAACUUAUUGCAUUAUGUCAUUACCUGGCUUUUUUGAGACACCUGUUAUAAUGGCACUUAUUUCUUUUUUAAGGUUAUUCAUGCAUUUAUAUUUCAAUGCAUCCAUCAACGAUAUCUAUAAUGGAGUAAUUCAAUCAUACAGACAUUAUGUAGAGUUUUUUUCUAUAAGAUGUAACCCAUAUAUAGAACCCUUUGAUGGCAUCAGAAAUGUCAGGGCCAUGUCACUUCAUGGUUGAGAAUAACAGGAAAAAAAGGGAUAAAUUGCCCCACAGCAAGAUAUGUUUUAUAAAAUGACUAUAUGGACAAAAUAAAGUAGAACUUUCAUAGAUUCUUUUUAUUUAACUGUGAACUGUUAUAAAACUCCCCUCAGUGAAAACACUUCUGCUGGCUAUAUCAAAUACUGACAGUAAAGUUUUUUUGUUUUUUUUUAACCAAAAAUAUUCUUUAUAGUUAUUCUAUGAAAGGAAACUAAAAAAAGGUCCCACACAUUCUGUACAUUUCAGACAGCAUUAUUUGUAAGAAAAGCUCUGGAUUUAGAACUUCUAGAUCACCAUGCUCACUUAAUGGGUUCCCUCUUUGGUGGCCAUUAACAGUGCUGUGCACGUAAAGCAGCAGCCUGUUGUGGAAGUGCCAUUUAUUCUACUGGACCAUGGCAUGAUGUCUCCAGAGAGUAAAUGCUGAGAGGAGAAAGGAUGAAAAAGCAAGACUUUUUAGCAAACUUAUGCACUUAGCGCAACCCACAUACAAAUUAUUUUGAAUGAAAUAUUCUUUUAAAUAGUAGUGCCUCCUGUUUUUUAGCCAACUAAAAUAUGGGGAUUCAAAUUACAGAAAAAUCCCAUAUUUGGAACACCCUAGGUCCCAAAUAUUCCAGAUAAUAGAUCCUAUAAUUGUAUGUGUGUGUGUAUAUGUGUAUAUAUAUAUAUAUAUAUAUAUAUAUAUAUAUAGAUAUAGAUAUAGAUAUAGAUAUAGAGAGAGAGAGAGAAUUGGUUGGAGCGCCUGCACUUCUGAUAUCCAAUAGUUGGAGGUGCUCGAUCAAUUGAUAAGUGAUCAGCACAAUCCUUUUUUUCAAUAGUGAAUGAAUGCAUAUAUUUUUUUUUAUUUUUGCAUUUUAUCCAAAUGGAUAAAAUGCAAAAAUAAAAGCAUUCAUUCAGUUUCAUUCAUUCAAUCCCCACAUUUUAGUUGGCUAAAAAUCAUUUAAACAAUAAUAAGACAAAUAGGAUUGUUUGCCCCCAAUAUGGCUUUAUACAGUUUAGUUAGGAUCAAGUAUAAGGCACUAUUUGAUUAUUAGAGAGAAUUAGAAAAAUCAAUUUUAAAACUUCAAAUUAUUUGUAUAACAUGGAGUCUAUGGGAGAUGGCCUUCCCGUGAUUCAGAGCUUUCUGGAUAAUGGGUUUCAGGGUAAGGGAUCCUAUAUGGUUUAACUGGAUACAUAUUCUUUACAGCAUUGGGGCUGGGAAAGCAAAAUGGAAUGUUACAUGUUACAUUUUUUUUUAAAUAUUGUUUUAUGUAUAAUAUAUGUAAUGUUUAUAUACAAUAGUAAGUUUGAGUUAUACAGAAAAAAUUGACAGAAUACAAGUGACUUGGUAAUGACAUGCAAUGUAUACUGAGGUAUGAAAAGAUUAUUCCAAAAACACCAUAUUGUACUGAGAAAUGCCGGUCGUUUCUGCAGCUUGAUUUUAUUUUUGUAUUUGCUUUUGUCUAGUAAUCUUGAUUGUUUUUUUUUCUUGGAAAUUGGUGAUUAGGGAGAUUUUUGUACAUUUCUGCCCUGUCUUCUCAAGCCACAUGGAUCUCUACUUAUUUAGCACUGUAUUACAGAACAGGAUAGGUUACUGUCAGAGAGAAUUCUCCAGGUUUAGUAUAUGGAUGGAUUUGCUCUCACAAUAAGCUGAGUAUCUUAAGCAAAUAGUUUGAAUAUAUAUUUGAAAAAGGGUGAUUAAAGAAGCUUUGUUAUUUUA